GAGUCCGGCAACAUCGCAAUUUUGCAUGGCGGUUUUCUGUUUAUUUGAUGAAAGAGUGUGGUUAGGAACUAGGAACCAUUAGUUUAAUGUUCGUGUCUCGGAUGGGGUCAGGUAGUAGUUCUGUAUGGGAAAAUUAAGUAAAGUAAAUUAACACUUCAAAGUCGAUAUUUUGAAAGGAGGAGAGAGAUAGGCAAACUGAAUAAUAUCUAUGUAAAUUUAAUAGUUUACAAUUAAUUUCAACUUCCAUAAUCCGUCAUAUUAAAAGCUUGUAUUAGCAGUAAGGUGCUCAAAUUAAUUUUUGUUAAUUUUAGCAAGAAAAUGUCAUAUCAAUCGGAUCUUCUAUCAGUUGAGGAUCAAAAAUAUUUACUUGGAGAAGUUACUAAUGACAGUUUUUUAAAGUUAAUAAAUGAGGACCCGUCUAUUCUGUCGCAUGAUGAUACUACAAUAUUGAUUGACAAUAUGGAGCAAUAUCAAGAUAUAAAAAUACCUAGACCUAUUAAUACCAUUCCAUCUAAUGAAGAAUACAGCGGGCCAUUUGAGUUUGAAGUAGAUGUAAUACCAAACGGUGCAAAAAAUGCUUGGGUAUACUCUCCAAUGCUCAACAAAGUUUAUAUGGAUAUGAGAUCAGCAUUUCCAGUAGAUUUUAAAGUUAAAGAUAGACCACCGUUUCCCCUAUUUAUCAGAGUGACGCCUAUGUACAGUCUGCCACAAUAUACACAGGAUUGUGUGUACAGAUGCUUGAAUCAUGAAUUUACUGAUGAUGGUACUGAUCGUGAUAUAUCACCUCAUAUUAAAUCUCACGUCAUAAGAUGCCAUAAUAAAACUGCUUACUACAUUGGAGAGAAAUCAGUAAAUGAACGCUUAAGUGUGGUAAUUCCUCUUGCAUUGCCUCAAAUUGGAACUAACAGUAUUAGAGAAAUGUUCGAAUUUGUGUGUAAAAAUUCUUGUCCCAGUCCUGGAAUGAACCGUCGUGCCAUUGAAGUUAUAUUUACAUUAGAGAAUGAACAGUCUGAAAUAUUCGGGCGGAAAUCGUUAAACGUGAGAGUUUGUUCGUGUCCAAAACGUGAUAAAGAAAAAGAUGAAAAAGAUAGUGUUAAACAAUUACAGCCGUCAGGAGGUAAGAAAAGAAAAAUUCAAAAACCUGCCACAAAAGUUGCUGCAGUUAAUCACGAUGUCACAGAAUAUGAUAUUACUAUUCCAAUUGUUGGCGAAAAUAACGUUAAAAGUAUUUUAAAAUUCAGUCAUGAUUUGAUGGCAGGUGAGAUAGAGCGUUAUUCUGACGAUGGUCCACAAGCGAUAGCGCCUUUUCGAGAGGUUUUGAAUAAAUUGAAAAUAAUGAUAAGAGAUUGCAACGAGUAAUUUUUCCUUUAUCUUUAUACAAAUGUUUUACUUUUUUAUGUUACUUAUCAAGUUAAUAUGACUUAUUUUUGUAUUCUCUUUUUUUGCAUUUUAUAUGGAAGUAUAUAAAAAAUUGGAUUUUGUUAUAAUUUUAGAACAAAAAAUAUUUCUUUCUUUUGCUCAAUGAAAAGUUUUCUUCUAUAAACUUAAUUGAAAUUCCAAUUUUUGUAUAUAGAAACCGAUAAUUUUACAGGGUUUACUUGAAAAAUAAUGCUGCACUUUUUUAGUUAAAAAUAAAAUUUGCGGUUAUAUUUAGUAUAUUCCAAAUAAAAUUCAAUGUACGCCAUAAAGAUGCGUUUUUUGGCAUCUAUAUUACACAGUGUUACAGGGUUGAGGGACCGUGUGGCACAUAGGUCCCCAUAUUCAGUACCAACUUAGGCGCCAAAUUCAAAUAGCGAGUAAAUGCAUUUGAAACCUAAACCCAAAAGCUUUUAUUUUUCAAUGUUUAUUCAAAAACGUGUUCCAAAUGCUUUUAAAAUUAUUUAUUUAAAAAUAAUCAUGCAGUUUUUGGCAGAUAAAUUAUUUUAUCAGAAAAUUUUCUUAUUUGGAGAAUUUGUAGUCUAAUAAAAUAAAAAUGAUAAUUCGUGUGAAAACUAAUAAUUUUUAUUCAAAAUUUUCAUUUUUAUUAAAGUAAAUCACAAAUACAAUACUAAAAUAAUUGUAUGAAAAAUCGAACGUAUUAUAAAUAAAAAUUGUAUAAUGUUAAAAAUUUAUUUUUAAAAAUAUAAAAUCUGGAAGUAAAAAUAAUAUUUUCUUUCUCAAUUAAUAUUGUAAAAAAGGUUUUUAAAGAAAUUUGUAUGAAUCAAUAGUAAGUGAGAAAUUUGGAAAUUAAUUAUCAAUAAAAUUGAAAAAUUUUAAGAAUUCAUAGAAACAACAAAAAGUAGAAAUGUAAGUUUAAAAAUUUUCUCCAUUACUAUAAAAAAAUGGGUGUCCGCUGAUUUACAAACAAAAGAAUAUUGUUUACAUUGUAACUUCUCAAAAACGUUAAUUUAUUGUACGAGUUUAAGUUGGUAGUUAAAGAGCCAUCUGACGCAAGUUUUUUGACUUAAUUUAAUGCUUUUAAUAAUGUUAAAUACAUACUUUACAUUAUAACUUUCACAUGAAAAAAUUUGUAAUUAUUGUAUAAUCAACUAAAAUGUUUGUAUCACUAAAAUAAAUCACCUGUAGCAUCACUAGUUUGUCUUGAAAAUAUAGUAGGAAGAGCGUUACUUUCGGAUUUUUUCAUAUUAUCUACUCAUUGAUCACUAUCAAAAUGAAGUUAUAAAAAAUAAGUUUUAUUUUUAAUAUUGGAUAUCAAUUUAAAAAUGAAUGAUAACAUAGUACAGUAUCAUCAUAUUUUCAUUUUAACCUCGCAUAAAGCAGCUGAAUCUCCAGGAGUCCAAUUAGAAUCUUUCCCACCAAGUUGAACACAAUUUAUUCUCCACAAUUCCAUUCUCUUUGGAUCUCUUGGAAAGUAGCACAUCUUCAAACUAAUUCCAUUCUUUUCUUUAAAUCCAGGAGCAUAAAGCUUUUGUAUUUUUAACAAAUAUUUUAUGAUAACAGUAAAAUAUCAAUUUUUUACUCAAUCAGUUUACACACAAACAGGCGCUUACGGUCACAUCACUGAUAGCCGAAUCUACGUCUGUGAAAGUUAAGGUACUGAAUAUGGCGAAACCAAUCAGAAAGAGACUAAGUAUCUGCCACACUGUUCCUCGGCCCACUGUAACAGUGUACUUGAAUCUGCAUAAGAACAAUAUAAUUAGUAAACCCAACCUAACCUAACAAUAUAAUUAGUAAAAAUAAAGAAAAGCGUUGCUAUCAGCUCGUCACUUCUUUUCAUUAUAUAUUUCAGAUUACAAAAUAUUUUUCAAUUCGUAUUCAUAUUGUUUAUUGCAGCAUACAGAAUCAUAAAUUAAUCAAGCUUCAAAUUUGUCUCUUAAUAAUUGCAUAUUUAUUUUAAUUAGUUGGUGAAAUAUUUUUCUUCUGAUUCUUGUGUUUAUACUUUUCUUUAUUUAUUAUUGUAAUACUACUGAUGGUGAUUUUUGCUAACCUUUUUUUGUUUUAUUGAAUAUAUUAUUAGUUUUUUUUUUGUGAAGAUAUUUUCUUUUUCUCUAAUUGUUCAUUUCUAUUUAAGCUUUAAUAGUAACUUCCAUUUUUCAAUUAGUGUGUAUAUGGUAGAGUAUUGUUUUUGAUUAUACAGGUGGUAGGUGAAAACGGGCAGUUUCUUAUUAAAUUAACCUUAAUUUCAAUUUGGAUUGAGAAAAUACAAGAAAGAUGAGUGAUGGUUAAAUGUUCUUCAACUACUUAAUUUAAUCUUCUAAGUUGAAAUUUCUGCAAUUGUUUGCUGAAUAUAUGGGUUACUAUUACUACAAUAAUGUAAUUACACUGUCUGACGCGAAGUUAUAGUCUCUAGGGACCGAAGAUAAACUUCCUUCGGUCCUCUAAUUACUUACUCAAUUCAUGUCGAAAAUUUAUUAAGACAAUUUAUUAUUUCAGAAAACUUACUAAUUGUGAUGAUUCUUCAUUUUUUUUUGUUCAAUAUAGUCUUAGUGCCAGUUUCUAUGGGCGAAUUUGGUAGCCUUUUAUUCGACGGGUCUGAUUUGGUUCUUUCAAAAAUUAAUGUAUGCUCAUUUUAUUUUGCUUUGUUAACAAUUGUUACGUAGAAAGUAACAUAAAUGUUUAUGUGACGUGUCAGUUUGCAUUAUUGAUUUUGGAAUCAUGAAUUUGAUCAUUUAAAAAAAAAGAUUUCAGAACAAAACAUUUCACAAUUAGUUAAUUCCUUGAUGAUGAAUACAUAAGUAUUUGAAAGCUCGGAAUAUAGAUAUUAAAAAGUGUAUACUUUGGGGGUUGAUUUCCCACAAUCCAACAACUAAAACGUUUAUAAUAUAUAUCUUUUAACUAUAAAGUUUUUUAACUCAAAGGAAAUCUUUGUCAACUUGGUAAUAAAAAUUAUUAAUUUGUGGGUUACGGCACUAAAAUUUAGAGUAUCCGAUGUCAUUUUGAAACUUGUUUUUUAAACUAAACAAAUUUGAUAUUUUAUAAUAAAAUUUUAUAUCUUACAAUCCGCAAUUAAAUAAUAUAAGUCAUUUUCAAUUUCAUCAAUUAUUUUUUAUUUAUACAAAGAUCAUAUUUUCAUUUUAUAUUUAAGCCAAAAAUUAGUCCCUGAGGAUAAGUACAUAGUUUUUCGAUAGCUUGGAAUAUAUAUUAAAAAGAGUACACUUUUAUAUUGUAUUGCCGCAACACCACAAUGAUCAUCAAAAUUUACCAUCAUUUUAAUUGAAUUUUGAAUUGGAAAUAUAUAUUCCGUAUUGCUAGCCUGUCACUUGCACAUGAUAAAUUUGCUAUAAAGUUAUUGGAAUGGAAAAUGACGCUGGCUACAAAUACUUUCCUUAUAUUCAAAAACAGAUUUCAAAGUUAGAUGUCGGAGUUUUUAUGACGUAUAUUGAAUUAUGUUACUGUGAAACGUUAUUUAUAAAUGUUAGUAACUGUUGUUACCGUUAUUAUUAUCAAAAUGUGUUUGUAUUAAACGAUUUUUUUGUUAAAUAUAACAAAGGUUUUUAUAUAUAAAAUUAAUUAACACUAUAAAUGUGACAAUAAAAUGAAAUUAGUUAUAACAUUUAAUACUAUAUGAGGUGUGGUUACUAAAUGAGAGUAAGGUCUGUCAACGAAUACAGUAGAUGUUUUACCCUCUACCCUUCUACCCUUCACAUGAUGUUUCCAGUGUUAAAAAUGUUUACAGCUAGAGGAAAACUUAUGUGCAUUUUACUCCAACUGUUUUCUCACUUGAAAAUAUUAUCAACUUUCACUCACGUAGGACCGUAAAUGCCUAUACAACGAUAAGCUCGGAUUAAUAUACCAAUUCUCUCAAUGGAUUCGACAUUGAGAGCUCUUGUGAACGCCGAUCGUAUUCGGUUAUUCCAAGACCUUGUUUAAAUUGCUUAAAAGCGUGUGUAUGGGAUAAAAUUUCAAUCUUAUACACUAGUUUUACCUUCCUGCAGAGAAAAUUUCAAAUAAAUUCAAUAAACUGUUACAGUCUAACUAUCUACUGAGCUUGGGGUGGGGGAUAACCAUGUUCAAGCAUACCGUAACAUGUUUUCUGGAAACAGCAUCAGGUCAUUUUAUAGCCGCACCUCGUAUACUUAACAGAAUUGGCUGUGGUGGUUUUUCCAGUAAUAUUUUUACUUCUUUGUUGCUAAAAUUUGUUUUUUGUACAACUGUCAAUAAAACUUGACAUUUCUGCAUCUCUAUCGAUAUGUGAAUGUUAACUUCUUUAACUGCCAAAAUAAUUUAUAUGAAAUAUUGUUUUUUGAAAGAUUCAUUGUGAACAAGGUAAAUAAUUAAUUAUUAUUAAUCAUAAAACAAUUUCAGUUAUUGGAAAUUGAUGGUAAAAUUUAAACAAUAACUUCCAAUAUAAAUUCCCGAAGAUGUUACUGCUUAUCAGAAACGGUAGAUAUUUUUUGAAGAGUUGAUUCCAUAAUUUUUCAGACAUUUUAAUUUGUUUAGAAGAAAAUGGACAAUUCAAUAUUUUGUUGGAAAUCUCAAACUAUAUUCUAUAUAUGCAUCUGCUACGGAGGCAGAUUUUCAACCACUGGCGAGUUAUGAAUGUAAUAGUGCCCCAUGUAUUGGCUAGGAGAGUAACAGAGCUCCUAAUGAAACAUUGAUCAGUGUAGCUCUUAUACAUGUCUUGCUGGAGAUGUUUAUAUUUUGAGGCUGAGAUUGGGAUUCUGGAUCAAAAUCCAGUUUAAUUUCAAUGGUCAUAGUAUUAUAUCUCACAAUGUACAAUCACAAAUAUUGUGACUUCUCUUUUCAUUAUCUAACGGGAUGUCAUAGGGUUUCUCAGGCUCAUCAAUUGUAUCAGUUGAGGCCCUAGGACCUAUGCCGAUUUCUUUAAUAUCUCUAUUACUUCAAAUUAGUACAUAUUUUGAAUAUCAAACUAGAAUAGAGAAAUUAUUCAGUUCAUAAAUGGCCCAUAUAAAAGCAUGCAAUUAAAGGAGUGAUAAUCAGAUAGGUACUUCCAUCAGAUGCACCAGCACCACUUUUUUCCUCUCUUGUAUGUAUGUAUGUUUGACGCAUCUUGUUACAUUUCACUUUUAUUUCAAUAAUUGUGGUUCAUUUCAAUUGCUUGAAUGGAACUUGACCUUGCGAGUUUAUUCUUAUAAUUUGUAGAUGUAAUUUCGUACAAUUUGUAUGGUGUCCCUUUAGCUCUGCUUGAGGGCAGCGACUUUCGUCCAAGAUAUAGUUUUAGUUUUAAAAUGCAAUUGAAAUCAAUUAAAUACGUUAACAUAAGAAAUAAUCGAUGGUAAGUUGUGAAAUGAAGUGAUAAUCGUCAAUUGACAAUAACUUUUAUUAUUUCAAACGAUGUAAUUUCACAUUCACAGUUGUACAAAAAAUGUUGUUUGUAUUUUAUGUAAAAAAUUCGUAUUUUCAUGGUACAUGUGCCAUUAAAAAAUUUUCUGCACUUAAUACAAAAAUAACUACACCGUACCAUAUUUUUGAAUGAUCUCACAUAAGUUUUAGUAUAUAGUUUUUGAAAUAUAUGUGCAAAGUGCAAAUAUAUUAUAGGAAUACACUAUGUAUCACAUUUAUUUUUAAAUUUUGAUUACUAUUUAUAUUUAAACAUAUUCACUCAUUUUCACUUAAAAAUUUCAAUUAUUUGGAUUGAUUCAUGGAUACAUUUUGAAAAUACAAUGGAGUUUGUUAAUAACCACAAAUUAUGUUCGUUCAUUUCAACAUUAAUUGUAGGUGUAUUCCAUCCGGGUAAAGUUCUGGUGUCUACUUUGAUAAUAAUUCUCACUUUAAGUAUUAUAAUUAUAUUUUGACAUUUAUUUUUGUGCUAUAUUGUUAAAUGGAUUUGAUUACUGUUUAUCAAGUUUUUAAUCUUUCCCACUUUAUAUACAAUUAGUAGUUUAUGUAGCAUUACGAGACUUAUUUUAGAGAUAACAAUAUGUCUUUGAAUCAAAUAAAAACCCCACCCACACCCACUGAAGACAAAAUAAACUUAUAAUUCUUUAGAUUUUAGAAUAAUUUUAAAAAUAUUGUUGAACUUUGUUUUCUAAUAUGUUACCAAGAAAGUGUUUGGAAUAGGAAGGAACCUGGAUCCUGUAAGUACUACAUCUGACCCCAAUCAUUUGUGUAUAAAACUUCUGUUUCAUCAUAAAAACUUAAUAUUGUAGUUGGCUUUUUAUAUAAUUGAUUUCAUGUUUGAUCCUUCUGAUGAGGUAGACAGUUCUUUAUUUCUAAUUUUUAUUCAAUUUCCUUCUGUACUUUGUCUACAUGUUCACAUAUAUUUGGUAUAAUUUUAGUUUGUUAUUCUAAAUCAUUUGCAUCAGCCAAUGUAGAGCUUACAUUUUCUUAAAAAAUUAACGUCAUCGAUACUAUAAAAACAAUAACUUUACAUUAGGAAAUAAUUGUAUACCAACAAAUACUAAUAUGUACUAAAAUAAUUAAAAACUAUGAAGAACAAUUAUAAUACAAAUCAAUCAAUUUAUGAAGCAUGAAAAUCUUCGUUAAUUUUUUUUAUUUAAAAUUGUUGAAACGCGAGACAACAGAUUUGUCCCUCAGUCUUCUCAUAAAUGUUCGUUGUUAACUGUACUUCAGCUCAUCCUUAACCUAGCGUGAAUUGCAUCUUGUGUUGUCACUUGCGGAGUAGUUGCAAUUACGUCGUCAUUUUCCUGAUUUAUUGUUUAAAACAAAAUAUCUCUUAUAUAAUCUCUUCGUCAGACAUUUCAUGAAAAAUAUUUUCCUCUUCAUCCAUUCCACGGUACCAAAUUUCCAGACUUAUUGUAUAUAAGCAGCCACUUGCACUAUUACUUCCAAAGUUACAAUUUGUGGAUCGUUGUUGAAUCUGGCCAUAACUUUAUCCGAAAAGAUGUAGGUAGGUAAUCGUUGAUGAAACCAUUGACAAAUAGCAAAAACCAAGUCUUUCAUACAGGUUUUUUAACGUUUUUUUUACAUUAGCUGAUAGGUUUUUCUAAUAAUCUUGCUUGACAAACUGAAUUACAUGUGGAUCCAUUGGUUGAAUUAAUGCAGUUUGUCGGAAGACACAUCGCAGUGAUGCGUUUAUCUUCUGUCGUCAAUUCUUUUUCAAUUGAUGACUGUUAUAAAGAAGCAAUAAUGAUUUUUAAGGAAAUUAUGAACUUUCAACUAUUUUCUAAAUUCUGGUACUAAGCAUUUAUCAAACCACUUUUUGUAGUCCAGGCACUAUUAUCUCCAUAACAGCAUACAAGUAAAUGAAUGUCUUCUAAUGCGAGUGAUUUAUUAGAUUUCCAACGAUCACCAUGAUAUGGUUAAAUUUUCUUUCUCUACUUUUCGUCCAGGUACGGAUUUUUCGUUAUAAGAAACGAACGUUUCACCUUUUACAAAACUUUGAAUUGAAAUAGCAAGUGGCAUAAUUUCUCUGCUGCAAUAAUGGCUUUUGAAACUAUUUAGCCCUUCUUAGCGUUCAAGGCCAGCAUGGUUUCAUGAAGAAACCACAUGUAUAAAUACGCCACCGUUUAGCUUUCUUUAGUGUCUGUCUCUUGCCUGACACACCGUUAAUAGUUGUUAAUAUGAAAUAUUUAUUACUGAAAGAUUAAUUACCGUUUGAGUGGUCCAAAACUACAAAAUUGCAUUUUUAUUCUUUAAUUGUCGGUGAACACACGAUAGCCCGUACCGCUAUCAUAUGUAGAAUUCAAACUAAGCGAUCAGAAUUAAAAGAGUAGCUCCAUGUCGACCAUAGUAGUGGUGUUACUUCAGCAAUUAUUAUCAAAUAAAUUCUAUAAUAGUGGCGAUUUACGGGGGGCGCCGGAUUAUUGAAUGUCCACUGAGUUUAAUGUUUCAAGUUAACAAUAUUUUUUAUACUAACGUUGUAUACCAUUCUAUUGUCAUCUUUAUUAUAUUCAGCUUCUCGCUUAAUAUUAUGAAACUCCUCUGAACUCCCUAAGUAUCAUUCUGUUAUAAGACGUUGAGAGGCACCGCAUUCGUGUCAUACAUUUAUAAUGCAAUAAAACGCUUAUAAGAUGCUUACCUCAUUCAAAUUUGAUGUGUCUUUAACAUGUUCAAGACUAUAUAGAAUCUCCUUCUCUAUUGAUUUGGCCAACCUUUUGGUAAUUAGGAAAUUCUCAUUUAAAUAUUGAGAAAAUGAAUACUUCGUAAACAUUCCGAUUUUUAUUUGAAAAUUAUAUUUUUAAUAUUAUUUAUCCACAAAAAAAAUUUAGAAAAUGUCAUUACGAAUAAACCUUUUUUUGCAUUAUAGUGCAUCCAAUUGAUGAAAACUUGAGCUCAUAUGUUUUUUAUAUUAGUCAAUUUUCUUGUGGUGAAAGAAAAUAUGCAUUUUAUUAUGGAAGUAUAAAAUAGCAAUUAUUUUACAUCAUUUCAGUUGUUAUUAAACGUUGAGUUCAUUAGUUACAAAUAUAUUUAAUAUAGUUUAAAGUGCUCAUACGUAUUAAUUAGUGAUUACUUACUUUGUACAUUGCAGCGUAUGAUAAUAGUAUCAAUUUGAGUAAAGUCUCAAGUUUAAAAAUAAUUAAUAUUUAUUAAGUAAGUAGUAGAAUAGCUUUUUAAUAACUUAAAUUAUUUUAGUACAUUUCGAUAAAUUUGUUUUGGAGUUUUUCCUUUAGUUUUGAAUUAGUUUUUCCUUUUUCUACUUAAGUAAGGUUAAGGUUUUAGAAUGCUCAAUUAAAUAUGAGUUUGUUUAGUGUAAAAUCUGCAAUAUCUUUCAAUUUUAUUCAAUAUAGUUCCUUUUUAUUUUUAAACUAAUCCAUGAUAUGAGUUACACUGCCAUAAUUUGUUUAUCAUUGCAUUACUUAAAACACCUGAGAGAGCUAGUAAACGUCAAAGCUGGAGUGGUGGUACUAUUUUGGUUCCACCUGUAUUGCAACAUAUCUAAUUUUAGGUAUAGAAUUCCCAUUUUUUAUAUUACCUCUUUGAUUAUAGUUUAUAGUAUAUAGAUUAUAGUAUAUGUCGUAAGUUUAUAUAUCAACAAAUAUCUUUAAAAACUUUGUAAGUUAUACAUAAUUUUAUUUCAAAAUUUUCAUGAGUUAUUUCAAAUGAAAAUGAUUUCAGGUUUGAAAUAAUAUGACAGAAGUGUCAAUAGACCCGCGGAAAGUUUCGUUUUUUUUUGUAUUUGAUUAUUUUUAUGGCGUUUCAAUCCAUUAUGUGAUUUAAUGUCCAUUUAAAAUAAUUUACCCUUACACAAACGUCCCUCCCAUGGGAGCUGACGACCUUUAAACAAGAUGUUGUUAAUUCUGUUUUUUUUUUAAAUAUAACUAAAAUACCCCGCUAUUCAUUAUGAACUGUUUAAGGGAGAGAUGCAGCAAUCAUGUCAACUUGAAAAUUUUAUAUAUUAGGUUUAUGAUAAAUUUUACAGUAAAUUCUAAAAUUAUAAGGUAUUUUUCAGGAAAAAUGUGCUAUUGUUUGAAUUCCCUAGUUUUUACAGUUUUCGAGAGAAAUCGUCUUCAACUUUUUAUAUUUUAAACAUUCAAUCCCAUUCAUAGCUUAUCUUUUGCAAAUGAUCUAAUUUAUUUCGAGCCGAUAUUAUUACAUCCCAUCUGUUCUUGUAUCCUAACUAAAUAAAAAUAAAUUCACAAAUAUUAACCAUUAUGUUAAUCACUGGCAAUAGCCAAAAGACAAGUAAAUCUUUCGUCAAACUUUUCAAUCAUUUGUCAAAUAAGCUGAACUGAGUUGUUUCCAUUAGUGUUGCAUCGGUUAGGGAGGAGGUAAAUAUCUCAAUUCAUCUGAUUUGAGUAAUAUUAAAUGGGACAUGAAUUCAUGCGAAAGGACUUUAGGAUUGUUUGUUUACAAAAGGACCUUCUAGUACAUGUAACGUUUACCCUUCCACAUUGAAAACUUCUAACGAUAAUAGGGUUUAUAUAGCGUACAAUUUAUCAAUGUAGGUUUAUAUAAUGUACCGAGUUUGUGUAGUAACAUUUCUAUUUGAGAUAUGCUUAUAAAACAGAUGAUUUAACGUCAUCAUUCUUUGGGAAGAACUAUCGGUAAACGUGCAGAAUAGUAUAUUGAAUAUACUGUUUACACCAACAACAAUUAUACUGUCUAACGCGCGUUUCGAUAACCAACCUAUCGUCUUCAGACACUGAGGGUAAACUAAAAUCUAAUAACUUGACAUACCUGUUUUGUACUAAAUUUUUUCACCCAUAAGCCACCUCCCGCGAAAAAUUAAUUUCAGUGGGAAAACUCCUUGGCGGGAAUAUUCAUGUUUAUUUUUUGACUACUAAACUAAAGAGUGAGCUGUAAGGAAUUGGCCCUUUGUCCCUAUUUAAGCUACUCUUAAAUCUAGCAAUUUCAAUGCUCUCAAAUACAUCCAAUAAUUUAUUAUUGCAUACAUUUUUUAACAAUUUUAAAUUAUUAAUAUUUAUGCAAUGAUUGUGACUGACAGCGUGAUCGGCAAUACUUGAUUUUCCGGUCCGUCCAUAUUUCAAACUCUUUUCCAAAUUUGGUAUUUUAUCCUUAAGAUUGCCCAACAAUUUUUAAUGUGUUGUUGGAUUUAUAAAGCAUCAAAGUAUCAAAGCAAAUUUUUCUUAUAUUUGGGUACUUUGGGUUUGGAAAAAAGUUGAUAGAGAUUUCUUAAACCUAUGACGAUCAAUUAACCUAUUUACAAUUCUCUUUUCAUAACCGUUGAGUACAACUACAUCCUCAAUGAAGGACUUUUCCUUAUAGUAUCUCUCGAUGGUGAGCGAAAAGUGGAUUAACCGAUAUACCAGAAAAUGGAUGCUGGCCAUCUUAUGUUGGAUUCAAUGAAAAGAAUCAGCGGGGAUGUACCUGCACGUAGCGGUGUUUUUCCUAAAUACAAAAAAUUCUAACCUAUUACUAUUCCUAAUUACUAAAGUAUCUAAAAAUGGUAACUGUCCAUUAUUCUCCAUUUCGUAGGUGAAAUAAAUUCAUCUACGUUUGCCUUCUUCAUAUUGAAUAUGGCGAUCUUUUGAAAUAGGGGCUUCCUACGAUUUGAACAGUAAAAUUAUUUUUGUAUUUUGACACUAUAUCUUAUUCUCAUACUGUUUCAGGUGUUGAAUGUUUUUCCAUUUUCCUCUAUACCACUGAAGUUUUUCCUCUCUGUUAUUCAUAGGUUUUGUUCGAUUAUUUAGUCUUAAAUUAUAGCAAUUUAAUUUUAUUCAAAAGGUUAUGUUUAAUCAAGAUUUCUUCAAUUUUUACUAUUUCACUCAUCCACUAUUAUUAUUGUAUUUUAUGUUACUCUACCUAUUAGAAGUCUUUCCUGGUCUCCCCUUCUUUAUUGUAUCUUGUAUAGUUCUAUCAUCUUACGAUUCCUGCUACUUCACAUUCUGAGAUCUUUCAAUAUAUUACUUUAGUAUAUUUAAAAAGUAAGAUUUCUUUUGUUCUCUAACUACUUGUUUCCAUUUCUAACAGAAUUAGCAUUUAUGUAUGAAUAUUGAAGAGUUCAAUUUGAAAUGGAUAUUAUCUUUUAAUCUAAUGUGCCCAAAUCAUGUUUCUGGCUGUUUGUAGUCCCAUUGCACCAAAUAUUUUUUCGCAAUUUUCUGCAAUAAUAUUAAUAUGGAUGAAUAUGGAUUACAGCACGUAACUUUAUCAUGAAUUUUCAUAUUAUGUGUGCCAUUUCAGUAAAAAAUGUUCAAUAAAAUGUGUUGUAUUUUUUAUUAAACUGUAUUCAUAUUGUCCGUUUUUAAAUGACUUAUUUUUACUACAAUCAUUCACAAUAAUUUUUACAUUUAUUGUUAUUAAUAAAAAAUUUAAUACCAAAAAAAAAACGUUUGACCAAAUAGAAUUAUGUACAGCUGAUUAACAAUAAUUUUAAUGUCGAACUUAUAGUUGAAGUCAGUUGUUGACAUAAACUUGUUUAUUGUAUGAUAGAUAAUAAGCAAAAUACAUGCAAUAUUUUUCUAUUAAGUGAUAUUUUUUUUAUGUUCGUAAAAUGUUAUUUCAUUUUUCUAUUAUAUGUCUGAGGCAAUAAAAGUAAUUUUGAUAAA